CUCAUCAGCGAAGGCACGAUCAAGCGUCUCUUCAAAAAGAUUAUUACAGGCCUUAUUAGCGCAUGGCAAUGGAUGAGAAAGCACCCAAAUUGGAUUUGAUACUUGAUAGUAUCAGCAAAUAUGAAGAGUCCAUAAUGCAACAGAUGAGAAGGGCUAGAGAAGCUCAAGAGGAACUGGCCCAAGCGCGGACAGAGACGGCCAAGCUGAAGGAGGCCGCAGCUCAGCUCGAAGGCAUGAUAGCUGCGAGACAGGCGCUGUCGGACGAAUUGGAGGCGCAGCUGGAGGAGAAGAGACGGGCUAAUGAGGGAUUGCAGUCAGGAUGCUAUGCGAUUUUGAAUCAGCUGUGGCAGGAACAGGAAAAGAAUGAUAUCUUGGAAGAAAAGAUCGAGGCGCGGACGGAGGCGCUGGCGGAGGCGACGGCGGAUUUCGUGUUCAAGGUCCGCCUCGACGACCCCGAAGUUCCGCGUCGCUACUCGGCUCUCCAGCAGGAGCUCCGUCACUUGGAUCUUGAGGCUACUAGGCUCAUGUGUGAAAUCAAAGUACGUGAAGACAAUGAGUAUGAAGUGGAAACCUUGCUAUCAAAGGAGAAGGAGUAUGAGGAGGAGCGGGCCAAGCUUGAGUCCCACUUGGCUGAGAGAGAGAAUAUCCUUCGCAUACAGCUCGAAGAGGCCAAGCGUGAGAAGGAGAAGUUAAUGCAACCCGAGAAUGACCCAAGGUUUCGGAGGAUGAAAUUGGAGCAGAGUAGUUUACGUGAAGAACAGGACUAUCUCAAUUCAGCUUUGAUCUCCAUGAAGCAGGAACACGAGACACUGACAUGCAGACUCAGGGAAGAAAGGCCUUACCAGCCUGGAAAUGUUUUGAGCUCUCCUCGUAGGGGGAGCUCCUAUCACCAGAAUAAUCAGAGCUUCUGUAGGAGAGACAAACAUUCAUCCACUUCAAGACUUUACAGCAGAAGAGAUGAGAGCUGGACAGUGUCAGCUGGAGACAGUAGGAUACAGCAGGGAGACAACCCAGAAGAUCAUAGGGUAGUUGCUUCAAACAGUGGCUGGAAAGGGACCUCAUAUAGCAAACAAGGGGUGUCAUCUUCCUCUAACUGUGACAGCUGGAAUAGAGGCAAGCAAGGGUAUGGCAAGGGCAGUGGGAGAGGAAAGUCCACUCAAGAUAGAAAUUGGUCAUCCAGAUCUCAAGUUAGACCUUCCACUCCUCGUACUUUUACCAGGAAUCCCCCUCCGCUUACUCUGCAACCUCAGACAAAUAUAUCUUCAACCCUGCCUCUCCACCUGUUGGGACAUUUCAAUAUUAUUGGGAAUGCAAAUCAAGAUAACCAGGAAGAAUGCAAUUCAAGAGAAGAUUCACAUAAGACAACCAAAGAUAGUUCUGAACUUGUCGAUAACUCUUUUGGGUCAAACACUUCCGAGGCCAAGGCAACGAACCUAGGCAUUGAUUUUCCUGCCUAUGUUCCCACUGAAGUUCAAAACUGUGCUUCCAGUAGCCAAGCAGAAACGACUCACAUUGAGGAGAUAACUAAAACAAAGCCUCAAGCUUAUGAGCAGAAGGACCAACUUUAAAGAUGCA